UUUCGAUUUUAGUUGGUAUCGUUAUAGUUUUUCACUAUUUAUAGACUAUAACCCUAUCGGUUUGAAUGUAAAAGAACAAAAUACUUUCCCAACGUUUAGAUCAUAUUAGUUUAAUCCGAUUAUAAUAGUCUAAGAAAAGUUUUCUACUUGUCAUUUUAAACCAUGUAUUUUAUAGACGGUUUACUUAGAUCAUACAAGUUAAUUUAGCUAUUUCCGAUUUAGUGUCCUAGAUGGAAGUGUGAGUUUGAAUAAAAAUGACACCGAUUUAUUAUACCACUGCUUAUAAAGGUUAUGUAUGUAAAGUGUUUGUGUUAUUUGUGAUAUUUUUACCAAAUACCGAUUAUAGUGCUAAUUUUGUGAAGUUUUGUGAAUAAAUAUAUUUUACCAUAUGAAUUCGUUAAUUUGAUGAAUUUAUUCCUAAAUUAUUAUUAGGAAGAUUUGAAACUAGUGACAAGAUAGCCGCUGGAUAUAAACAAUACUAAAGUUGAGUUUGUGGUAGCGAUUUCUUGUCUUUGAAAUAAUUCGUUAAUACUCAUGGGCGAACAAGGAGAAAGUAUGAGUAAAGCCGGGAACGAUAAUAAUCAACAACCGAAUCAAGAUGAAUUGAUAUUGGCACAACAACGUCAAAUCGAGAAAGAGAUUUCAGAUACUAUUCCAUUAGUAGGUGAUUUGGAACCAAUAAUGUCUCUCAAUAACGAAUACUCUUCCGAUAAUAUAUAUUUAGAAAAAGUCAGUAAUCUUGCUACCAGAUACAAAUUUAUUCGUAGAACAAGACCUGAUGGUAAUUGCUUCUUCAGGGCAUUUAGUUACGCUAAUAUAGAGAGACUCCUUAGAAAUAAAGACGAAUUCAAUGAAUUUUACACGCAUGCUGAAAAUAGUAAAGAGGAUUUAGUAUCACUCGGAUUUCAGCAGUUUACAGUUGAAGAUUUUUAUGAUACUUAUAUGGAGGUACUGAAGAGACUUAAAGCUAUCGACAAUAUCGAUGACGCACUUAAGGACUUGCAUAAUGUGUUUAACGAACAAGGUUUUUCAGAUUACAUGGUAGUUUAUCUUAGAUUGUUAACUAGCGGUCAGUUACAAAGGGAUCAAGAUUUUUAUAGUUGUUUUAUCGAAGGAGGCAGAACUGUAGCCGAUUUUUGUCAUCAAGAAGUUGAACCGAUGUACAAAGAGAGCGAUCAUAUUCACAUAAUUGCAGCUUGUGCUGCUUUGCGUACCGGUGUCCGUGUGGUUUAUAUGGAUAGAGGUACCGGAAAGAUAUGUACUGAACAUGAUCUACCUGAAGGAUGUACCCCGACUGUUCAUCUCUUAUACCGUCCCGGUCAUUAUGAUAUUUUGUACCAAUGAUUUUCUUUAAAUAAAAAAUGAUCAUUAAAA